CAACUGGGGCUUGUGUAGCACCCCAGACCCUCUCCGACACGGCCUCCCUUCUUCUGCUUCCUACCAUGGCCCUGGGUUUCAUGGUCCUGCUCCUGGUGGGGACGGUGGGGACAGCUUCCAGGGCUCAGCCCGUGCUGACCCAGCCAUCCUCCGUGUCAGUGCUGCCCGGGCAGACUGCUCGGCUGUCCUGCACCCUGAGCCCCCAGUACAAUAUCAGCGAGUUCGGCAUCUCCUGGUACCAGCAGCGCCCGGGGCACUCCCUGAGGUAUCUGCUCUAUUACAACUCCGAGCAAGACAAGCACAAGCCCGCCAAGAUUCCCGACCGCUUCUCUGCUACCAAAGACCUCGCCAGCAAUGCCUGCAUCCUCAUCAUCGCAUCCGCCCGCCAUGAAGACAAUGGCAACUAUUACUGCUCCCUGUUACGCGCCUUCGACAGGUUUUAG